CGGUACGUGCUGCAUGCGUACGGUCGGUUCGGAAAUUCACAAAUAUAUAAAAAUAUCUUUUAAAAAAAUUCAGAUACAAGUGUGACAUUCUGGAAAAUCACAGGAUAACCAACUGAAAGUCAGGAUGUCAGGAUAUUUGCCGUACUCCCAACUGCCGGAUCCCACGGAUAAAUUCGAGAUCUAUGAGGAAAUAGCCCAAGGAGUGAAUGCCAAGGUAUUCAGGGCCAAGGAACUGGAUAAUGAUCGUGUUGUGGCUCUGAAAAUCCAGCAUUACGAUGAGGAACACCAAGUGUCCAUCGAGGAGGAAUAUCGAACUCUACGGGAUUACUGCACCCAUCCAAAUCUUCCCGAGUUUUAUGGAGUUUACAAGCUAUCGAAACCAAAUGGACCAGAUGAGAUUUGGUUUGUUAUGGAGUACUGCUCUGGCGGAACAGCUGUGGAUAUGGUAAAUAAACUCCUAAAACUGGAUCGUCGUAUGCGAGAGGAGCACAUUGCCUAUAUCAUUCGGGAGACUUGCCGUGCAGCCAUCGAACUCAAUCGCAAUCAUGUCCUGCAUCGGGACAUAAGGGGCGAUAACAUCUUGUUGACCAAAAAUGGACGCGUGAAGCUGUGCGACUUUGGAUUAUCACGUCAGGUGGACUCCACUAUGGGUAAGAGGGGCACCUGCAUAGGUUCUCCCUGUUGGAUGGCACCGGAAGUGGUGGCUGCUAUGGAAUCUCGUGAACCGGAUAUCACUGUCCGUGCUGAUGUUUGGGCUCUGGGUAUCACCACCAUUGAGCUGGCGGAUGGCAAACCUCCAUUUGCCGAUAUGCAUCCCACUAGGGCCAUGUUCCAGAUCAUAAGGAAUCCACCGCCGACUUUAAUGCGGCCCACCAACUGGUCGCAGCAGAUCAAUGAUUUCAUCUCCGAGUGUCUGGAGAAGAACGCCGAGAAUCGUCCCAUGAUGGUGGAGAUGGUAGAGCAUCCUUUUCUCACCGAACUCAUUGAGAACGAGGAUGAGAUGAGAUCGGAUAUCUCCGAGAUGCUGGAACUCUCCCGGGAUGUGAAGAGUUUGUAUAAAGAGCCGGAAUUAUUUGUGGAUCGUGGUUAUGUGAAGAGAUUCGAUGAGAAGCCAGAGAGAAUGUAUCCAGAGGAUUUGGCUGCUCUGGAAAAUCCAGUGGAUGAUAGCAUUAUCGAAUCACUGCGACAUCGCAUUAUGAUGGGAGAGUCCUACAGUUUUAUUGGAGAUAUAUUGCUGUCGUUAAAUUCGAAUGAUAAGCACGAGUUUCCCCAGGAGUUCCAUGCCAAGUAUCGCUUCAAAUCCCGUUCAGAGAACCAACCACAUAUUUUCUCGGUGGCUGAUAUAGCUUACCAGGACAUGUUGCACCACAAGGAGCCACAGCAUAUAGUGCUCUCAGGUGAGAGCUACUCGGGCAAGUCCACCAAUGCUCGACUGUUGAUUAAGCACCUGUGCUACCUGGGCGAUGGCAACCGAGGAGCCACGGGACGCGUGGAGAGUUCCAUCAAGGCCAUCAUAAUGUUGGUAAAUGCCGGCACACCGGUGAACAAUGACUCCACCCGUUGUGUCCUUCAAUAUUGCUUGACUUUUGGAAAAACUGGCAAAAUGAGUGGAGCUGUCUUUAAUAUGUAUAUGCUGGAAAAGCUGCGGGUGGCCACCACCGAUGGCAACCAGCACAACUUCCACAUUUUCUACUAUUUCUAUGUUAUCAAUCAGCAGAAUCAGCUCAAGGAAUAUAAUCUGAAAGCUGAUCGUAACUAUCGUUACUUGCGCGUUCCGCCAGAAGCUCCGCCAUCGAAACUGAAGUAUCGUCGCGAUGAUCCCGAGGGAAAUGUGGAACGCUUCCGGGAGUUCGAGGACAUCCUGCGGGACUUGGACUUUAAUCACAAGCAAUUGGAAACCGUUCGCAAGGUGCUGUCGGCCAUCUUGAAUAUUGGUAACAUCCGUUUCCGGCAGAAUGGCAAGUACGCAGAAGUGGAGAAUACGGAUAUUGUGUCCCGAAUUGCCGAACUUUUGCGCGUGGAUGAGAAGAAGUUCAUGUGGUCCUUGACCAAUUUCAUUAUGGUCAAGGGAGGCAUCGCCGAAAGGCGACAAUAUACCACAGAGGAAGCCAGGGAUGCACGCGAUGCAGUGGCCAGCACCAUUUACUCCCGAUUGGUGGACUUUAUUAUCAAUAGGAUCAACAUGAACAUGUCCUUCCCCAGGGCUGUUUUUGGCGACACCAAUGCCAUUAUUAUCCAUGACAUGUUUGGCUUUGAGUGUUUCAAUCGGAAUGGUUUGGAGCAACUGAUGAUUAACACACUGAACGAGCAGAUGCAAUACCAUUAUAAUCAACGUAUAUUUAUCAGUGAGAUGCUGGAAAUGGAGGCUGAGGAUAUAGACACAGUUAACCUGAAUUUCUAUGACAACAAAACCGCUUUGGAUAACUUGCUAACCAAGCCGGAUGGUGUUUACAUUAUUGACGAUGCCUCACGCUCUUGCCAAGACCAGGACUUGAUUAUGGAUCGCGUUUCGGAGAAACACAGCCAGUUUGUGAAGAAGCACACUGCCACUGAGAUAUCCGUGGCUCAUUAUACGGGCCGCAUCAUUUACGAUACGCGCGCCUUCACCGACAUCAACCGGGACUUUGUGCCACCGGAAAUGAUCGAGACGUUCCGCUCCUCGCUGGACGAGAGCAUCAUGCUCAUGUUCACCAAUCAAUUGACCAAGGCUGGUAAUCUAACCAUGCCCUUUGAGGCAGUGCAGCAAGAUGAGACCGAAAGGCGGUCAUAUGCUCUAAAUACUUUGAGUGCCGGCUGCAUAUCCCAGGUGAAUAAUCUAAGGAUGGCGGCCAACUUCCGCUACACCUGCCUGACUCUGCUCAAAAUGCUUAGCCAGAAUGCGAAUCUUGGAGUGCAUUUUGUUCGCUGCAUUCGCGCUGAUCUGGAGUACAGGCCAAGAGCCUUCCACUCGGAUGUGGUGCAGCAACAGAUGAAGGCCCUGGGAGUCUUGGAUACGGUCAUUGCCCCAAAGGGCUUCAGCUCACGGCUGCCUUUCGAGGAAUUCCUGAGACGCUAUCAAUUCCUGGCCUUUGACUUUGAUGAGCCCGUGGAAAUGACCAAGGAUAAUUGCCGCCUUCUCUUUUUGCGUCUCAAGAUGGAAGGUUGGUCCUUAGGCAAGACCAAGGUGUUUUUGCGUUACUACAAUGACGAAUACUUGGCCAGAUCGUACGAGGUGCAGGUGAAGAAGGUUAUCAAAGUGCAAUCCAUGAUGCGAGCUCUACUAGCCCGCAAACGCGUCAAAGGUGGCAAGGUCUUCAAAUUGGGCAAAAAGGGACAGGAUCAUGAUGUGGCCGCUUGCAAAAUACAAAAAGCCUACCGGGGAUUCCGCGACCGGGUCCGCCUGCCGCCAUUGGUCAACGAGAAGACCGGAAAGCUGAAUGAGAACACUGCCGACUUCCUCCGGCCAUUUGCGAAGAAGUGGCGCGAGAAGUCCAUCUUUCAGGUUCUGCUGCACUACAGAGCCGCUCGUUUCCAGGACUUUGUCAAUCUUUCACAACAGGUCCACAUCUACAACCAAAGAAUGGUGGCUGGACUUAACAAAUGCACUCGGGCAGUGCCCUUUGAGAGGAUUAACAUGCGUGAGGUAAACUCAUCGCAGUUGGGACCACUUCCAGUGCCCAUUAAGAAGAUGCCUUUCCGUCUGGACCAGAUACCCUUCUACGACACUCAGUACAUGGUUGAUCCAGCCAAUUCCAUUUCCCGUCAAACGUUUCCCAAUCAGUUGAUGCAGCAGCAGGAGGAUGACGAGCCCUGGGAUAGUCCACUGCAGCGUAAUCCCUCGAUGACUUCAUGUGCCUUGACCUAUAAUGCUUACAAAAAGGAGCAGGCUUGUCAGACCAACUGGGAUCGCAUGGGCGAGAGCGAUAAUAUAUACAAUCAGAGUUACUUCCGGGAUCCGCAGCAGCUAAGGAGAAACCAAAUGCAGAGGAACAUGAAUGCUUACAACAAUGCCUACAACAGCUACAGCAGCAACUACAAUCAAAGCAGCAACCAGAACUGGGGUGUCCAUCGUUCAGGAUCAAGACGCAACUCCUUGAAGGGAUAUGCGGCGCCACCGCCACCACCACCCAUGCCUUCCUCCAAUUACUAUAAUCGCAAUAAUCCCAACCAGCAGCAGCGCAACUAUCAGCAGCGAUCCUCAUAUGCAUCGGAUCCGGUGAGGGAACUCCAGAACAUGGCACGGAACGAUGGAGAUAACUCGGAGGAUCCACCAUUCAACUUCAAGGCCAUGCUGCGCAAGACCAACUAUCCCAGGGGUUCGGAGACAAGCACCUAUGACUUUAACAAUCGUCGGGGAUCGGACACCGAUCAGCAGCACACAUUCCAGGCGCCCAAAUUAAGAUCGACUGGCCGUCGAUUCCAGGACGAUGAGGGAUAUAAUUCAUCAUCGGGCAACUAUGGCAUCGCCAGGAACUUUGGCCAACAGAAUAGGGCACCUACCUUGAGACAAUCACCGGCGAGUGUGGGUCGCAGCUUUGAGGAUAAUAACAAUGCUAGAUCUUUCGAGGAGGCUGGAUCCUAUGUGGAGGAGGAGAUUGCGCCGGGAGUUACACUAUCCGGAUAUGCCGUGGAUAUUUAGAGCCUAUAUGGAUAUCAAUUUAAAGAUUAAUAUUAGAUGUUAUAUGAAAAAUAGUGCAGUGUGUUUCGAACUAUAAAGACAGUUGUAAAGAAAAAUACCCACCAACUAUUUAACUAUUUGUUUAUUAUUUCUAUAUUAUUUAGAAUUAUUGGGAAGACCAUAGAAAUUGCCUGGGAUUCGAAAUUAAUGAAAAUGUAUCCCAAAGAAAGCUGAAUAGUUAUGCAAAGUAGAAAAAACAAUAACAUGAUAUUAUGGAACAAAAAAUUAUUAAAUACUCGAUACAGUAUAAAUAUAUUAUUCUUUUCUGUUAGCAAUUUCUUUGGGCUUCCCAAAUUAGACAUUUGUUUUGCUUUAAAAAGCACAACCAAUUAUUGCUAAAAAUGUAAAUGAACAUGAAGUGUACACUGUCUCAAUAUUCUGGAACGCACUGUAACAUAAGAAGAAAUUAUAGAUAAUUACAUUCUAGAGAAAUUUAAUUGUUUUUGUCCAAAUUUCAUUCCCAUUUGGUUGUCACAAUCUUAUAAAUAUUUAAAAAUCUUUGAAAUAAAUUAGAAUUCAGCAAA